UUCAAAUCAUAGGAGCACAGGACGCCCACUUCGUGACUGCAACCCACUACGCACAAGGAUGCCUUUCCAUAUUAUUUGAAACGUUCAGUAUUGUCAGGUUCCAUUAGGCUGACACUGUGUGGAAUUAAAGAUGAACACCUCGAGAAGAAGUGAAAGUGAUUGGCAGGGACUGGUGAACGAAUUCUUGGUGUGCAAACGGAAGCUGGAAAGCAAGAAGGAAGCGUUGCUGAUUUUAUCUAAAGAGCUGGACACUUGUCAGCAGGAGAGAGACCAGUACAAGCUGAUGGCCAACCAGCUUCGAGAAAGGCACCAAGGCCUGAAGAAGAAAUACUGUGAGCUCAUUGUAAGUGAUGGUGACCCUACUCUGCCCCCCGAGAAGCGAAAUCAGGUGAAUCUGGCCCAGCUGCUUCGGGACUCCAGAGAGCGGAGCGGCAAACUGUCUGAGGAGGUGAAGGAGCUCCAGCAGCGGCUGGCCGAGAUGCAGGGCGACAACAAGCUGCUGAGAAUGACCAUUGCCAAACAGAGGCUAGGGGAUGAGGAGGUGGGAGCGCGCCAUUUUCCAGCACAUGAGCGAGAGGACCUUGUUCAGCAGCUGGAGAAAGCUGGAGAACAGAAUGAAGAGCUGGAGCACAGCCUGAAGGCUGCCACAGACGAGCUGCAGGAUGUGCGAGCAGAAAGGGAUGUGUUUCAGGACAAGGCCCAUCGCCUCAACCUGGAGAUCAACCACAUCCUGGGCAGCCACGAGGCGCGCAUUAUUGAUGUAGACGCUCUCUGUAUGGAGAACAGAUAUUUGCACGAACGCUUUAAGCAACUUCAAGAUGAAGUCAACUUGCUCAAAAGUAAUAUCAUGAAAUAUAAGAGUGCUUUAGAAAGCAGGAAGAACUGUAAAAUGUAUGGUAGAAACAACAACAGCAGUGCUCUCACGGGGGUCCUUUCUGCCAAGGAAGUGCAAGAGUUGUUGCUGUCUGAGGACAAUGGCUGCAGCCUGCCAGUGACUCCCCAGUCCAUCGCUGACCUGAAGUCUCUGGCCACGGCGCUGCUGGAGACUAUUCAUGAGAAGAACAUGGUCAUCCAGCACCAGCGACAAACUAACAAAAUUCUGGGAAACCGAGUGGCUGAACUGGAGAAGAAACUGAAGACUCUUGAGGUGUCUGGACUAUGGAGCCUGCCUGGACUCACAUACCACGUGUCGAUAGGACUCGGGAAAGGAAGGGAUGCCAUUAUCAUGAGUGACCCCCAGCCCCUGCAGUCCCCUUCAGAGCAACCUGUUCUCAUAGAGAGAGGGAGACCCUCUACAGAUGGCCUGAUGGGAAGAGAGGAGCUACCUGCAGGCGUGACCACACAGGUGGACAGCCCUGACGUGUGCAUGGACACUAGCCAGAGCAGCCGGCUCUUGGGCUCUCUGUGCUCUCGCAACAACGGGCACCUGCAGGUCAACGUGGAGGUGCUGCACAGCUGCGUGGAGCCGACCGACGGAGACGGCGAUGAGUCGGCAACUGACCAGCCGGAGUGUGCGCAGGAGGCAGACGAGUGUGUGUUCAGUGACCUGUCUGAGGAGGCAGCGGAUGAGGGGGACUCGCCCUCGCCCUCUGUGGGGGUCCCUGUGCUUUGCAGGCCUGCGGAUCUUGUUUUGCCCUUGUCGGCGGCCACAGAAACAGAAACACAGUGUGAACAAACAGUGGAUGCAGACUCACAGGGUCUCAGCGCUGAGAUGGUGCCCUCGCAGAGUCCCCAGACAGAGUCAAGCGAGGAAUCCCCAAUGAAAACAGCUCCUGUUGAAGCAGAGGGGGAUGGUGCAGAACAGACACUUAAGAAGACACUACUGGAUGAGAGUGAGGAAGCCAGUGAAGAACUUUCAGCACCUGAACAGGAAGAGUCCAUGUCUGAAAAAUAUUGCGAAAAAGACUCCUGUCCUGCAUAAGAGCGCAUGUAAAUAAAACACAGAGGUAGAGGGACGUUAGAGGAAACGAAGUUCAGAAACAUGAAUAAAUCAAACAGAGAUCAUCAUCAGUGGUUAUCUAGCAUCGCUGAGCCAGGUUCCUGCACCAGUGCACUCACUCAGCCACCGACUUAUGCAUGGUCCAUUUUAUUACUGAGCUGUGAAGUUUGCUGAAUCUGAGGAGUUUUGUUUGAUGUCAGGUCUUUCUGAUCACUCUGAUACCAGUAGAAUGUGAAUUGUGUCACCAGUUUCGCUAUGGCAUGCUUGUGACUCACAAAGACUAAGACUUUGCAGUGAAAUAACAGUCAAUAUCCUUUAGACUCUUCGUAGUAUGCUAAAUUGCUGACUGCUUCCAGAUUGUGACUAGUUGAAAGUUAUGUAUGGAAAAGUUAUGUUGGCCCUCGGCAGUAGGUUUACCUAAUCUGAAAAUUGGCCCAUUGCGCAUAGCACAGUAAAUCCUACUUGGAGAGAUUUGUUUGGCUUCUAAUUAAAUGGGGCUUAACACACGAAAAAACUCAAAACAAAACUCACAAUAGUAGUAUGCCACAGUAUAUGAAUGAGGCUAGUAGCAGAAGACUAGAACGGUCACCUUAAAUGAAACGCAUUCCUUGGUAAAGGCUCUGGUGCUGUUGAUUUUUCCAAAAUGUGUCAAGACUUCCGAUUGGUUCAAGAACAGAAAUAUAUUGUUAUCUAGGAAGUAUUUAAAUGAAAACUAAGCAUACUGCUUGAGAAUCGACCUGUUGUAAUUAAACUGUAUAUCUGCUCAUAAUGCAGUCUGUGUUAGCUGCUCGCUUCAAUACGAACCCAGUAUAUCAUCUUUGAUGUUGUAGACGAUCUCAGAAGUUCCGCCACUACAGCUUUAUGUGUAGGCCAUAGUGGUAUUUUGUGCAUCUUACCAGUGAGUCACUCACAACAUUCGUAUGAACUGUUUCACUGUAUAAACAAAAACACUAGGUGCAUAUUACUGAUUCUCGAGACUGAAAGAUUGAAGGGAUGGUGAAAAACACUGUUGAUGUAGUGAUAUGCAUGCCUGCAUAUAAUCUGCUGUCCAAAACCAGCCAUUCACUCCAGCCAUUUGUGUUAUGAAAUAAAUUCUGUUAAAAACCCA